UACCAAAUCGAAAACCCCAAAGCUCCGACCCUGGUCGGUUUCUCGCAGAGGAGCGAGAGAAAUUCCCCAUCGAUCUCGGUCUCCCCUCUCCUCCUCCCUCUCCGCGGCAUGGAUCCCGCCGCCGCCUCGCCGGUGCCGGCUCUGGCGCCUGCCGUGGAGGAGCCCAUCAGCGCCAUCUCCGUUCUCGACACCCUCGGCGCGGAGGUGCUGGCGGUUAUGUCCCCGGUCUCCAUCUGCAUGGCGCUCGUCGUGCUCCUCAUCUCCCUCCUCUCGCCGCCGUCCUCCGGCUCCGCGGCGGCCUCGCCCCCGCCAGUCACCGCUGCCACACUCGUCUAUCUCGAGUCCCCUAACGACUCCCCGGGCCAGAAGUUCCUCGGCGCACUCCUCGACGCUGCCGUCUUCGUUGUCCUCGUCGCCGCUGUCACCUUCGUCCUCGUCGCGCUCUACUACUACCGCUGCACGGGCUUCCUCAAGAACUACAUGCGCUUCUCCGCCUUCUUCGUCAUCUUCUCCAUGGGAGGCGCCAUCCUCACCGCCGUGCUCCGCCGCCUUGCGGCUCCUCUCGACGCGCCCACCGCGCUCCUGCUCCUCUUCAACGGCGCCGCUGUCGGGGUCCUCUCUGUCUUCGCCUCCGCUGUCCCCAUCCUCGUCCGCCAAGGGUACAUGGUCGCCCUCGCCGUCAUCGUCGCCGCCUGGCUCUCUAGGCUCCCCGAGUGGACCACGUGGAUCAUGCUCGUCGCGCUCGCCGUGUAUGACCUCGUCGCCGUGCUUGCACCCCGGGGACCGCUCAGGAUGCUUGUGGAGCUCGCCUCCUCCAGGGAUGAUGAGCUACCAGCACUCGUCUAUGAGUCUCGGCCUACAGUCGGCCCAGCCACAAGCUCUUCCUCUUAUGCUUCGGCCAUGGGGUCUGUGGAGAUGCAAACCAUGACUGAUUCUGGUCAGAUCAGUGGCAAUCGGUAUGACCGGGUGGAGCAGGAGGAAGAUGCCAGCCCUGCUGUUGUGGAAAUGAGGGAUCUUAGAAGAGGCCGAUCAGAGAUGAACAGAUCAAGAGGUUCUGUGCUUCAAAUGGAGAACCUUGAAAGGGAGGUAUCAGUGACUUCAGCAGAGCUCACAGCAAAUCAAGGUGGGAGUUCACAGCAUGCUGUCAUUCAAAUUGAACAACCUGGCGAAGAAGAGACAUCACCUUUGGUAUCUGCAGCAUCUACCAACAAUGCAGCUUUGGAUGAGGAGCAUAGACAAAGUUCAUCAUCAGAGCCUCUGGAUUUUGAGAUGUUUGAAUCUACAAGGGGCAUCAAGUUGGGCCUUGGCGAUUUUGUUUUCUACAGUGUGCUUGUUGGGAGAGCUGCCAUGUAUGAUCUGAUGACUGUGUAUGCAUGCUACCUCGCCAUCAUUGCUGGGCUUGGUUGCACCCUUAUCUUGCUUUCCAUAUGCCAGCAUGCGCUACCUGCACUCCCAAUCUCUAUUAUGCUGGGAGUGACAUUCUACUUCUUGACACGGUUGCUGAUGGAGCCAUUUGUGGUUGGUGCUUCGACAAACUUGGUGAUGUUCUGACUAUUCACUGAUCUGUUGUUGUCAUUUACAUGUGGAUGAAGACCUCAACCGAAAGAAAGUGGUUGGUCAGCAACUCAGCAUUCUAUGUGAGAGUGACUAAUAUUUUGUUGGUCACUUGUGAACUGCCAUUCGUAUUUAUUGCUAGGAAUGCUUAAGACCAUAGACUCUGAGGUAGCAUCGUAGAUAGAUUUAGCUCGUGUCUUGUUGUAGUUCUAUCAACCUGACAUGAUAUUCAAGAAGAGUCUAUUCUACAUUCCGUGUUCUUUGGCUUA